UACCAUAUUGCCCUUUCUGAGUUUGAAGGCCCUUGCAGUUUGUGACAGGAAGCUGAUUCAGAAACUCUAUCCAAAUGAAGAUCCAUUUGUAUUUGGUUCUGCUUUCCGUGGCUACUGCGUGGUGUGAAGAGAUGGUAUGUCAUGAAGACUAUAAUUUUAUGAGAAGCUGGCCUUCAACCAAGGCCAAUUCUUGUAAUGCUUCACAUCCACAUUGCAUCGAUACCCAUGAGGAAAUCAAAAGGAGAUGUUGCGGUGCGGACGCCACGUGGGAUCCAGAACCAGUUUGUUCAACUGUCCAAUACAGCUUCGCAUCAUCCUGGCGCAGACAAUGUCCUUACGGAGCUGAUCCUACAUCACAAUUCUGCAUUUUUUUCAUUCGAAACACUACUUACCCUUUUAAAUGUCCAUACGAAGAAGUUUUACCAUUUGCUGAAUAUGUAGGCAUCACGAAUAGAUAUAACCAUCUCCCAACUUGGGUGCCUGCGGAGAGAAAUGAAAAUCAGUACGGCGACGGCCUGUAUCUGUAUACAGAACCAAGUGAAAUGUACGGACUCGCUCUUUCGAAUUACACUUUUGAAGAACCUUUUGGUGACAAACGCUGUAUGAUCUAUCAUCAUACCAAUGGCUUUGAAGCAGUACCAUGUUCUACUCCACACAUAGGUGUAUGUGCGUACCUCGCUCUGAAUUACACAACUAAUAGCUACUGCUCCAGGAUGUUUGAGACAUGUGUUUCCAGCGAUUACCCUGCAAAUUCUAAGUGUUUCUGCUUAUCUGAGAAUCUGAGAGACGGACAAGCAGAGUUGGCGGAAUUUUUGAAGCCCUAUCAGAAUUACUUCCGUUCGUUACAAAGAAAUUGUCUAAUAGGGUUAGAACAAGUAGAUGAUGAGUAUAUCUGGAUUAGUAGUAAAACGAAACUCAACUAUACGGAAUGGGCAGACGAUGCGAUCUUUGGCGAUUCAAGAAAAUACGGAGCUCUUACUGAAAAAGGAUGGAAAUUGUUGCGCUAUAAAAAUGAAACCAACUGCAUCAUAUACCAAAAAGACAUCCAUCUUGAAGACUGUAAUCUAGUUCUAACUUAUAACAGUGCAAAGAACCAAUUUUUUCUGGAAAUGAGCAAUCCAAAAGCAGUAGUGGUCUCUUCAAAUGGAACACCUCUAGUGUUCUGUUUCACAGACGCAUCCAGCAAUGAACUGGUCAAGCGGUUGAAUUUGAAUGGCUCUAAUACGUUUGGACCAAUACAUGAUGGUCCAGGAAGUUAUUGGUGUGAAGCGUUCGUGUAUCCAAGCGUGAAAGUUGUUAAAUCUAAUGCGGUAUUCCUGAGGUAAUUUGUCGGAGUAAUUUCUGAAAACUAGAAUUUUUUUA